GUUCAGGUCGGUCGUGUCGGUUUGUGUAGUGUUUGUGUUCGUGUGGCGAGAUGUGUGUUAAGUGUUUGUGUUUGUGACAAUUUGUGUCGGAUGCACGACAUAAUGCUGCAAGUUCACGCCGAAGGAAAGUCUAAGGAUCCCCAAGUUCAGGUGGAGAGCGAGCCUCUUCGCCGGGAGCUGGAGGCGACGCGGUGGCGACAGGUGGACGUGGCGCUACGCAGGAAACUGGAGCUGAAGGAGCAGGAACUGCGCAGCUGGCGGAGUCUGCGUGAUCAGCAGCUGAGUCACGUGAUGCGCGCGCUGAUGCUACUAGAGGCGCGGCUGAGGCGGGAGCAGCGCAACAUCCGGUCACUGCUGGGCGAGCGAGACGCCGUCAUCAGAGCGCAGCAGCAGGAGAUUGCGAGGCUGAGGAAGUUGCUGACGUCAGGCGAGAGAGUGGAGGAGAUCAAGUCUUCAACUCCUGCUGAAGAAACACUGGCGUCUCCCCCAGCGUUCCAUUACGACUGUGACGUCAAACCCGACCUGAUCAGCUCUCUUGGAAUUUCUCACUUCAGGAAAGACAAAUCGUGCACACCGACGACGACGGACAACGAGGACUCUCAGAGUAACCUGGACUCUCUUCAACUGAGUUUUUAUGAACUGGGAAGCCAGCCAGAAUCGCUUUUGUCGAAUUUGAGCACGCAGUCGUGUGACGGUGAUCACGAUAGUGAACCUUGCAAAGAUUCCGACUUGAGAUUUUCGCCAAAGAAUAUGGAAAAUCACAGUGAGGGUCCAACAAGGUUUCAUAAUAAUAAUUGCUACCCUGAGAAUGGGUGUAGAAACCAAGAUUUUGGUUUGAAAAAACUAGAGGUUAAGGUACACAUGGAACAAUAUCCUCCACAGAAAAAUGUUCUCAGCCCGGUUAAAGAGGAGAGUUUAAUAAGUAUACCGUCUACUUGUAACUCUCCUUCAAGAUGCAAUCCCUGUGAAGAACAAGCGAAGAAGGAUGAAAUCCUUCGGGUAGAAGUCCAUCAAGACUGCAAACCUUCGCCGAGUACUUUGCUGCAAGAAGUGAGGAUAUCAGGACGAAACGAAUACGAGGAUAAUCCGGUUUUGAAUUGUGUUAAUCAAAUUUUGCUCCGUGAUCAGGAAGAGUUCCUAGAGGAACAGAGAGCGCUACGACUGAAGGAACAGGAAAAGAAGAAAGAAGCCGAAGCCAAACUAAAUAAUAAAAAGUUAACCAAAAGCACUGAGAAUCUCACUUUACUAAACGAUCAGAUUAUCGUGCAACACAGUCACAUGAAAAAGGUAUAUCCUCCUCUUGAAAGUGUCUCAAAUCACACCGUAAUAGAGCAAGCGAUAAAAGAAACAACAGAAAAUGAAUUCGAAGAAGACCAUUAUAAGUCUAUAAAUAAACUGCCCACACCUAAAAAGUUGUCACUGCCUAAAGACAAUCUACAGGUCAAAAUUGUUCCACCCGCUUUACCUCCAAAACCUCAAAGGUUGGUCCUCAGUAAAUCUCUGGACCAGAAAACUCUGUUGAACACCUUGCUUCCUGCUUUGAAAGGAGACGACUCAGACCCCAUAGAAAUGUUGAAGAAACGGUCUUCUUUACCAAACCCUUCACCGGACAGUGAACUGUACGUCAUUUCCAACUCUGCCAUUGACGAUGAGUUACUGCAACGAUUACAAGGAAGAAGAAUCAAAAGCUGUUCAGAGCCACCGACCUUGAGUAAAUCAAAACUAACAAGUCAGUCUAGAGAGAAUAUCUACACACCUGUGGUAUCCCAUCCGACACAUAAACCUCCAUCUAAACCGACCCAUUCAACUUCCUCUCACUCGAAAACAGAUCAACCCAACGAAUCGAAAGUGACAUCAAAACUAUCAUCACCUACAAAAACCGAAGAGACACCUCGCACACCACCAAAACAAUCACCAAAAAAGAUCAUUUCGCCAAAAUCAUGUAUAAAAGUGGCAUCUCCCGUCUCAUCACUUCUCAACAGCGGCGAUGCCAUCGAGCCAUCAGAAGAAACCGGGAAGAAAACGUCUCCUAGCGUCUCCCAGAUUGUAAGAAGAUUCGAAGAGAUCGGCUCCAAGCCAGGGAAAGAAAGUGACAAGGUGGAAGAGAACCCGGACAACAUUCAGAAGAACUUUGAAGAGUUUCGGCUGGACGAGUGUGACAUGGAUACACUCUGCGGUGACGGAAGACCAGAGGGCGACGGAGCGGAGAACAGGGCGAACGCUUCUGCGGCUGUGAUAGAGACGAAUAUCAGCUACGAGAACUUCCUGGAGGCGACGGGACUGAGUCAGAAGUCUAUCAUGACGCCCAGCAGACUCUUCAGCAACCACAAGAGUGUGAUGAAACCUAAAGAUGUGAAGCAUCGCAGCCGAGUAAAGGCUGCUGCAGUGGUUGACAGAUGCAACAACGCGGCUGCUUCAGUCGCCCCUGGUGGGUCCAUCGUGAGAUACUGGACUGAACCUUACCUCUGAUAUGUAUAAGUGUGUGUAAGUUACUUGAUUGGUCAUAUGUUAAAAGUUCAUAUAGAAAACUAUACAGCCUAAAGUGUAUGGGUAUAAAAUUGAAGGAUAUUCUUAUUAUGUAUCAGCAAAAGUAUUGUUUUUCCAAAAUUGUAUCUUUUAAUUCUUUAAGCCGUUGUCUCUUUAAAGCAUAGCCAUUAAUAAACAACCAGAAAAUCUAUUUGAAAUACUAUGGUUUUAAAUUGCUAAAAAUCAUCAUCUUUUUGUCUUUAGAUUGUCAAAAAUUUAUUAAAAUAUUUCCCAGGGGUGGGCUCUCCCUUUACUCCAUGCCCCCUUCCCGGAAGUUUACCCUUACAGUUUAACUUGCCCUCCCCCCCCCGGAAUUCUAUUAUUUAUAGAAAGUAAAUUAUUCCGAUUGAUUCCAGUAGUUUCUAACAGGUGUUGGACUACUCCUCUUACUUCUUCUUUUACUUUUAGAUCCCCUGAACCAUUUAGAUUUUUUAAUAACCUUCAUAGGUAUUGGUUUUAGGAGGAGUAAGGAUACACUUUUCUUCAUGAUUAUAAAUAUUGUAUUGUAAAUAAAAGUCACCCUAUUUCCUGGUUUAUGAAAGUAUACCCAUAAAUCUUAGAUAUGUGUAUCAAAUAUGUAUAUUUAUAAAAUGUAUAAAGCCAUGUUCAAAAAGAACAUUCAUACAACAUUGCAGUAAAAAACCUGUAUAAAAUAUUACAAUUGUGUAAAUAGUAUUUUGAGUUGCACUUCUGUCAAAGAUAACCUUGUUUUGUUUAAUGUACACUUUUAAGUUUGUUACUUUAAAGCUUUGUUACCUGUGGAUAAAUAAAGUUUGUCAUGUUAUAAAUGUAAUAAAAUGUUUUAUAUUGAA